CAUCCCCUCUCUAAAUCCAAAACAACAAAAAGAAAAAAAAAAUAGAGAGAGUCUAAGAGAAAGAAGAGCUCAGAAACAAUAAAGAAACUCAACAGAAGGUUAAGAAAAAUGGAGAUGAAACACUUGGAGAUAACUAUGAACUCUGCAAGGGGUCUCAAAAAAGUGAAUCAUCUUCAUUCUAUGGACGUGUAUGCCGUGGUCACACUGUCCAGCAACCCCCAAACUGAGCAAAGAACUCCUGUGGACAAGGGUUGUGGCUCAAAGCCCAUGUGGAACCACACCAUGAAGUUCACUUUUGAUGAAGCCGUGGCAAAGAUGAAUUACCUUUUUCUCAACAUCAAGCUCAGGCACCAUGGCCACAUCCGUGGAGACAAGGAGAUUGGAGAGGUCUUGGUCCCUGUGAAAGAGCUUUUAGACAAAGCUGAAGAAGGCAACUCUGUUAAGUAUUUGACAUACCAAGUUAGAGAACCCUCUGGCAAGCUAAAAGGGGAACUAAACUUGUCCUAUAAGUUUGAGGAUGAUACACCAAUAGUUACUGCCUAUCCUCCUCCACAUGUAGGAACGAGUAGUAGCUCAGCUUACACACCAACAAGAUUGAAUAUCCCACAAACUUAUAACCCUCCUCAAAGUGGUACUUCACAAUCUACAAUGGGAUAUCCUAUUCAUGGUGGGGGUCCACCACCGCCACCGCUACCGGAGGGCUAUCCCACACCACCACCAGGGUUGGGAUAUCAUCGUCAUGGGCAGCCACAGGUGGUGCAGCCACAGCAGCCAGCUGGGAAUAAUAAUGUUGGGUUAGAAUUGGGCAUGGCAGUGGUGGGAGGAAUGCUUGGUGGAAUUUUGAUCGGAGAAUUGGUGCCUGAAUCUGAUGAUGGAGCUUCUAAUGAUGCAGAUAAUACCAGGAAGGAUUACUAGGAUAUACUGGUGGUUUUGAUUCUUUGAUUCUUUUUCGUCUAAUUAUUAUUCUUAGUUUUCUUAUCCAAUUGUAUUUUCCCACAGUUCUCACAAUCUUUGUCUAGAGGUACGUGUUCUAGGAAGAUCUGAUUAGAUGCAACUUCUCAAUGUAAUGACUUAUCAUUUUUUGAAUGGAAUUUUUAUGAUUAUCGUU